CUUUCGGAAGCAUCACUCCUGAAUCUAAUUAGAGCUUUAUGCCACUCACACGGAACUGAUCUAAACCCUGUUCCAUAACAUCAAGUGCUCAUGACUCAUUUACUGCUCUGCGCGACAUUCCUGUCGUUGACUCUGAACUGGAAGGAUGGUUGUUUUGUUUCUUCACUACCUAUUUAUGUUUCUGUUCAUUGCAUUUGUAGUCCUUUAUCAGGUGAAUCCUCCAUUCAGAUUCUUCUGCAAGAUGACCUUCUAUAAGUUCUGGCUCUUGGUCCUAGCGAUUCCGGUUAUUAUGGUCAGUAUUCCUCGUGGACGUAACAUGGAAAACACAAAGUUUUUGUGCAUGUUAUUUUGGCCACUCAAAUACAUCUUUGGUCUCCAGAUAGUUGUGAAUGGCAAGGAGAACCUCAGGACCAAGAAACCUUUCGUCCUUGUGUUGAAUCACCAGACCUCUCUUGACUUUCUAAUGGUUGCAGAGAUAUUACCAAGGCGCUGCGUGCCCAUUGCAAAAAAGGAAAUCCUAUACAUGGGCACUUUUGGCCUCGCCUGCUGGCUUUCAGGAAUCUUUUUCAUCGACCGCAAGAAGAGGGAGGAGUCUAUCGCUACCUUGACAGAGGUGGAACACUCCCUGCACAAAGAAAACUUCAGUGUUUUGAUCUUCCCUGAAGGAACUCGCAAUCAUGGUGGCUCCCUAUUGCCCUUCAAACGUGGGGCCUUCCAGCUGGCCAUGAAAGCCCAGGUGCCCAUUAUUCCUGUCGUGAUCUCUUCAUACCACACCUUCUACAACCCGAAGGAGAAGAGAUUUACACCAGGGAAAAGCAUCAUCCAGAUCCUGCCAGCAGUGGAGACCCUUGGCCUCGGCCCAGAUGAUGUUCCCAAGCUCACAGAGCAGGUCCGGGACUCCAUGCUUACCACCUAUCAGGGGAUAUCAGGAACGACAAACGGGGCUUCCCGUUAGCGAUCCUAUCUUCCAGCUCCAGCCGCAUGUGUCAUAGCUGAGAGGGAGGGCAUGGCAACCACAAGAAGAAAUCGGGACAACAAUGAAUUGCAGCCCUGCGACACCAGAGACAGGCAGAACAUCCACAGAAGAAGAAAAGCUUGUAAGUGAAGGUGGUGCAACAGUUGCCAUGUUCCUUCCAGAGAACUGUGCCUCCUGCAUGGACAGAUGCACCGUGGGUAGUGGGAUAUUUCUUUGUAAUCAUAAUCCUGAGAACCGAUCUCCACCUGGACCUCAGGCCGAGCUGGACCCUUCCUGUGAGCACCCUAUAACCAACUUUUCCUAUUCCAGACCAAAAAGAUGGAGGAUUUAUGCCUGAGCCUCUGGCCAUGCUGCCUGGGGAAGUGGUUGUCCUGAGACUGGAGGGCUGCCACGCUCCCCUAGAAGCGCAGGCAGGAGAAGGCACUGCCCCCUGCCUCUUCCCAUGAGGUGGACUUGGGAGGUCCCUAUGCUACGAGAAGGGAAAACCAAGGCAGCUUUGGGAGAGGGGAAUUAAAGAGCUUACAUGUGUCUGCAGGAGUUAGUGGUUUCCU